AUGCCUAAAAUUACUUUAAAGCAAGUCGAAGAACAUAAUGGUAGCGACAAAAAAUCUUCGUGGAUUGUUUUGUAUGGCAAAGUAUAUGAUAUAACAUCAUUCCUUAAUCUUCAUCCAGGAGGUAAUAUUAUUCAAUAUGCUGCUGGAAUCUCCGAUGCGACAUGUUUAUUCGAGAGUUAUCAUGGUACGAGCAGCAUCAAGAGGUGUCAAGCCUUAUUAAUGAAACAUGGUAAAUACCUUGGAGAAAUGUCUAUUGAUGUAAAUUCUGAGUGUAAAUAUACGAUAAAUACUGACGUUGUUGAUAAUACUGGCAUAACAUUAGAUUCAUCGAAAUUUUUUUACACACUUCGCAAUCGAGUCGAUACGUAUCUUGAGAAAAAUUAUGGCAACCGUCAUGCAUUUCAAUGGAUAUAUCAGAUUGAAGCUAUAUUGACGUUAGCAUUAUAUUGCAUAGCAAUCUAUUAUAAAAGUUUUAAAUGCAGCUAUUUUGCAGCUGUAUGUUUAGGUGUGAUUAUAGCACGAAUGGGCUUUUUAAUGCAUUCAGGUAAUCAUUGUGCUAUAUCAUCAAGUCCAUAUUGGAAUCGAUUUGUUGGUCUUUUCAUGGAUAUUAUUGGCAGUUCUCAUUAUACAUGGAGUUAUGAACAUCAAAUAGCGCAUCAUAUCAUGCCAAACGAAUAUCACAGAGAUAAUGAUUGUGAAAUAGGCGAUCCAUUAUUUCGAUUUCAUCCGCUUAUUUCUGAUGUUGAACAAACGAAUCAUGAUAAUAUUAAAGGAAAAUCAUCUUGCUUUCGUAUUUUCCUACGUCGAUAUCAACAUAUUCUUGUUCCUACUCUAAUGAGUAUUGGAUUUUUCAAAUGGACAAUAAAUGAUAUUGAAUAUUUGAUCAAAUCGAAAGCUGGUAAUAUUCGUUUAGCUACUAAAUUUAUUAUUAUCAUUGUAACAUUAAUAUCUAAAGUUUUGUGGCUGAUAAUUCAUGUCAUUAUUCCUUAUAUAUAUUUUGGUGGAAAAUAUACAUUAAUUACAUUCAUCAUUUUUAUGGUAAUUGGUGCAUAUUAUCUCGAAAAUAUCUUUAUUGUCAAUCACAUUCAAGAAAAGUUACAAAUACCAAUGAUCAACACUGACAAUCGACGUUCAUUACACUGGGCAAUUUAUCAAGUGUACACAACAGCUAAUUGGAAAUCUGGUAGUUACUUAGCCACUUUUCUUAGCGGUGGACUAAAUCAUCAAAUCGAACAUCAUCUCUUUCCUUCUAUGAAUAUUUAUCUUUAUCCAAAAAUUGCACACAUUGUUCAAGAAGAAUGUAGUAAAUUUGGUUUACCCUAUCAUAAUUACAAUUCAUUUAUAACUGCAUGGAUAGAUAUGUUUUAUUAUUUGAAAAAAUUAGGUAACUCUAAUACAAAAUCAACCCAACUUCAAUGA